CCCCCCGCGCCUGGAGGCAGGCAGCCGGGAUGGGGCGGGCCGCCUCGCUUCUUAGGAUCCGACUCCGCUCCUCUAGGCCCGGCCCAGUGAUGGCGGCGCCCCGUGCUGCCAUAGCAACGCCGUCGCGCCGGACUACGCAUGCGCGCACUCCGCCUCCUUGGACCGUUUAUUGGAAUGGGGCCGUUUUUAAACCCCCCUGCGCGCGCGCUGGCGGUUCGUUCCCCGGGGUGUGCUCCGAUUGGUAGAGAGAGUCAUCCCUGUUGCGCGCCGAUUGGCUCGGAGCGAACAGCGGGGGCGGGAGCACGUCUGGUUCUGCCUUGUGAUUGGCUGGCGGCAGUUGGCGGCGCGGAGCGAGGGGUUUGUGCGAACGGCGGGAGGUUUAUUCCUGAUAGGAUGGUCCCUUUCAGUUUCCCUCUGUCAAAGUAUGCUCUUUGGGACCCAGUUCCCAUGGGUGAUGUCAUUGGUUCACAUAUUGCCUAUUACAGAAAUCCAAAGUUGUCUAUGAUGGAGAAACCCCUGCGACUUGCUUAUCGCCACGCUAAGCAGAGCGACAAAAAAUUAUUUGCCUGUUUUUUGCUUGGGACUCUCACAGUAGAUGAAGAUGGGGAAGGCAUAACGCUAACAAUAGACCGGUUUGAUCCUGGACGAGAAGUUGCCAGCGGAUCGGGCAAGGUUCCAACUGCAUCUCUUCCUGGAGACUUCUUGAUUACAUGUACAGUUAGUGCGUGGGGACCUUCUUCAGACAGCAUUAUAGUGCACAGUGCUGAAGACAUCAGCUUGGCUUUCAAGGAUUUGCGGGACAGCCUGUGCAGUAAAGAUUCACUGGAUCUUUCUAAACUGCUCACUGUCAGAGCUCACAUUGUUUUCACAGAAAACCUGGAUAAUCUAAACUUUAGUUUUCACUGGGCUUCUGUUACAGCAGCAAAUAUUUUGGAAUAUACACCAGUGAAGUCUGUCCCAAUUAUUCCCACAGCCCUAGCAAGGAAUUUGAACAGCCCUAUGAAUAUUGCACAAGUUCAAGGAACUUAUAAGUGUGGCUACCUUACUAUGGACCAGACACGAAAGCUACUUUUGCUGCUUGAGUCUGAUCCAAAGGCAUAUGCUCUGCCAUUAGUUGGAGUUUGGAUGAGUGGAGUUACUCAUAUCUAUAGUCCUCAAGUCUGGGCCUGUUGCCUGCGAUAUUUAUUCAGUUCUUCAAUUCAAGAAAGGGUUUUCUCAGAAUCUGGAAGUUUUCUUAUUGUGCUUUAUUCAUUGACACACAAAGAACCAGAAUUUUAUGAAUGUGGUCAUUGCAGAGGGCAGACUGAAUUAGGGUUCCAGCUCUUAACUUGCAACGAAACAGUACACCUCUUCAAAAACAUUGAACCUUCAGACAAGAGCCCUAUCCAGUUUGUAUUGAGUGCAGAGAAACAAAAUGCAGAAACAGAGUUCUUCAGCAGAAUCUGCAAGAAACUUCCUACUAAAAGUCCUCUUCAUGGUUGUUCACCCGGUAAGCUGUCAGCAAGUGAUCAUGACUCUGGUGUAGAAGAUGAGGAUUUGUCCCCAAGGCCAAUUCCAAGUCCUCACCCAGUGAGUCAAGAGGUUACCAGGAUCUUUCCAUCAGUUCCUGAACUGUCCCUUGUUUUGGAUGGGAGCUUUGUGGAAUCAGGACAACUGCCUAAGCCUGCAGGGACUUCAAAUGCUAAAAGUCUUCCUCAAGUGCUACAUCAAUCUGUUAAAAAGAAAUGCUACUUAGGAUCUGUUUAUUAUCCCACCCACUGCUCUGAAGACAAACAAAACUUUUCUGCUAGUAUCGGAGAUCCUUCUUUGAGGCAAUUACCAAACCAUUUAAACCAGAAAAUUCCAACUUCAAGGUCUUCCUGGGGAAAGCAGGCUCUAAUACAGCAACAGUUGCACUGUAAGAAAUCUUGUCCGCAAUCAAGAAAAAGUUCUGGAUCAUCUUCUCCUUCAACCCCUUGCACUGAACCUUCCCCAGAUACAUCUGUGCAUCAACCCAGAAGGCCACCACAAAGACUUGUACUAAAUCCUGAGGGAGCUGCACAGCAGGGAGAACUUCUGGUUCGAAAAACCUCAGUAUCUGACUCCAAGCAGCUUCCUGCUGUUACACAGCCAGUUCUCUACAACUCCUCUACUUUUUCAAUGCAGAGCUGCAGAAGACCACCAGAACUGCAGGUGCCAGUUCAUGUUCCGCCUUGCUGUCCAGCCAGUGCAUGCAACUGUCAGUUUCCUGCUUCAGUCCAAUAUAAUUCAAUAAUCUCGUGGCAAGGAGUUGGUGAAAUGAACCCCAAACAUGGAACAGAAGUUCAAUCAGAGAUAGCUCAACAGAACCCAUGCACAAUGUUCCAUCAGAACACCAUUUGUCCAAAUCUUUGCUGCAGUUAUACAACAAGUAGCCCUAUAAGUAUGGGGUAUCGUGGGAAAAUGGGGAGCUGUUCUCUUGAAAAUAGCUUGUCACCUGGAAUAAGACUGCCUUCAAGUGCAAGCCCCUCUAGUCCCCAGUGCUGUGGUGCUCACUCACCUUGUUUGCACACGCCUGCUUCUACAACAGGAUCAGAUAAUGGGAUGAUGGGAUUAUCUCCAGAUGCUUACCGGGUUCUUACAGAACAAGAUAGGCAACUCAAAUUACUUCAAGCUCAGAUCCAACGCUUAUUGGAAGCACAGGCUCAUCAGGUUUCUUCCUCUGAAGCAGCCACAGCUAGCAGUGCUCUGCAGCCUGAGAAGCAAGGGGAACCUGUUACUAUGGAAACACAGUCCUCACCAAGCUUACCCCUGAGGAAGAGUGUGAGCAUUGCUGUGAGCACAGGUGCUAGCUUAUUCUGGAAUACAUCCUCAGAAAAACAAGAUGACACCAUACCACAGGGAAAGAAAGAGGAUGCAGAGAUUUCUAAGGAAGAUAUAAGCAUUUCAAUUAAUGCUGAACAAGAUGCAAGUAACACCAGUAUUGCUUCUUCCUUAAAGGUUGUUGACAUGCCCAGCUUUGUAGACAGUAUUCGUCUUGUGGAAGAAGGAACUCAUCAGAAUACUCUCCAAACUGGAAAUGUCUCCCAAGCACUUGUUCACAGUUCAUCCUUAGAGGAAAGUGCUAGCAUGUGCUUACAGGAAGAACCAACAGAGGGAGCCAGCAGCCACGUGGUGGCAACAAGUGAGCAAAACCUGGAGCCAGCCAUCUCCGUGCUGGCCCGGCAUCUGUCAGAGGAUCAGAAACUUUAUCAGGAUUUGCUGGGCCAAGUAAACCAUCUCUUAAAGUCUUCAGAAGAACAAGAUCACUUUCCUGUAAAAGCAGGAUUUGUUAAUGAUGAUGAUGCAAAGUAUCAAAGUAUCAGUGAUAGAACAGAAAGGGAUUCGGGGACUGACACAGAAGUGGUGGAUAAAGAGAGUGUGAUUAGUGCUACACUCAAACAGCUGAGAAGUUUUGGAGUGACAAUUGAGUCACCCAGCAGAAUGAAGAAAAAUACACACAAAGUGGAGAAUGCCAGCAUUUUAGCAUGCAUAAAUCCUGAAGCAGUGGUUCCUGGACUAAAUUACAUGUCGUUUGCCAAUGUUAGCAUGUGUGGCUUAACUCCUAAUGUAGCUGAUCUCAGCAUGGAAGCAAAUGCUAUAGCACUCAAGUAUCUCAGUGAAAAUCAGUUAUCUAGGCUUUCUCUCAGUCGCUCGGGCCAAAAUCUUCCUACUGAUUGCUGUUUCCAAGACAUCUUGCAUUCAAAUGUGGAAAAGAGCAUGGUGGGUCUUAGCUUGAUUUCACCCAACAAUAUGUCAUUUGCAACCAAGAAGUACAUGAAACGGUAUGGACUGAUACAGGGAGGGGACAGUAGUGAAGAUGAAGAGGAACUGCAUGUUCAAGAUGGCAAUUACGGCACUGUCGAAAGUGAAAGUGUGCUGCACAAAAACUUUACCCCUCUGUUGGAUGGCUUAAACCACAGGACUGAAUUAUCCAAAAGAGCUGAUGAAGGAACCCCCAUUCAUCUGAAAAGUCCCAGCAGAGAGUUGACUGCUAAUGCUUUUCUGCCAGAAUUGAACAGCCCUAUAUUAAGAAACAUUACAAAUGAAAUCUUUCUUCCCAGAACAGAACAAGCAAAUGAAAACUCAGUUCAGAUUUUAAAGGAUUUGAAGUCAAAGCACAAAUUGUUACCUGGGAAGGUUGAAUUCACCGAACAACCUGGCAGGAAAGGUGGAGGAGAUAUUCAGGUAUUUGCUGGAAAUCUGCAUGCUCCAGCCCUUGGAACAUUAAGCCAGUCAAACAGUGUGAAUUCUGUUGGCACCAUUCUUGAUGUGAAGCAACUCAGGCAGCUGCCGAAGUUGUUCUGAGCAUCUCCCCAGAUAAGUAGCAGAUACUGUUUCAAAUCUAGAAGGGACCCCUUUGUAAAAGACUACAGGAAACCAAGGAUUAAGUUAUCUUUUUAUGAGGUCACUUUAUUGUAGCAACAUAAAGCUUGCAAAACUGAGCUUUUGGUUCAGGUUGGUGACAGCCACUUCCAGGUGUCUGCAGUAUGUUUGCACUUUUGUUUACAGUUAAACAUGAUUUUGAAGUAUCUAAAAGAUGAAUUGACUUGAACCCAAGAUGUCCUCUUUGCUCAGCUAUAAUAAUGCUGCUUGUUUUUACAUGCUUUUUAAUUGACUUUUUUUUAAACAGUGACUUUUACUUGCUUGUGCCAACUGUGAAGCCAUAGAUCCUGUGUGGCAUAGCAGGGGUAAUGGAGCAAAAGUACCAAUUUCCAGAAGCUUUGUUUGGAUUGCUGUGUGGGGUUGUGUUGGGUGGGAAGGGCCAUGUAAUCGUGGCUUUACUGUGCUUAAAAUUACUUUGAUUUCAGGCAAGAUGACACAUGUAACAGACUGUAUCAUGGGAUCUUAUAAGGAAAUUGGAAAAACCAGCACUUUUAUCGUUCUUGUGAUUUUAUUUUGUAUGUUUUCUAUUUAUUAAAACGUACAUAUUGCUCAUGGAGGUCCAAGUUUUCAUUAAAAAAAUAACAAAUAAAACUA